UCAGCACCAAACUUAUUUAUUCAAAAUUAACACAAACAUAAUUAGACCCAGGUGCACCAACAUUUUAGGAAAGACUUUUAUUAUUUAUUAUUCAUCUGUAAUUUUCUAAAAUUCAAGUGAAGUAUCAAUUUUUCAGGAAUUUGAAUUGGGAUUGUUGAAGUAGCAAAAUAUGAACUUCAAGAACUAUGGAAAUCAGCCAAUGGAUAGUAAGAGUGGUAGCGGCCGACCACCGGGAAACAACUUCCCAUUGGCGAGGCAAGGUUCAAUAUAUUCGUUGACUUUUGAUGAACUACAAAACACUAUGGGUAGUGUUGGUAAAGAUUUUGGGUCUAUGAAUAUGGAUGAAUUACUAAAGAACAUAUGGAAUGCAGAAGAAAUGCAAACAGUUGGUAACAACAUUGCUACGAGUGUACCAGAUCGUGGCGGUGUUGGUGGGACAAAUUUGCAGAGACAAGGGUCGUUAACGCUGCCAAGAACGUUAAGUCAAAAGACGGUUGAUGAAGUUUGGAGAGAUUUGUCUAAAGAGUAUAAUAACGGAUUUGGGCAACCGGAUUUACCCCAUAGGCAGCAGACGUUAGGGGAAAUGACUCUUGAGGAAUUUUUGUUUAAAGCUGGUGUUGUUAGGGAGGAAGGACAGUUGAAUGGUAAAGGGAAUGAUAACGGAUUGUUUGCAAGCUUAACAAAUCCGCAGACUAACCCUGGGUUUGGGGCUAUGGGAUUCCAACAGGCAGCUGGUGAGAUUCAGAAUGCUUCUGUAAUUGAUAAUGGUGGAAGUAAUCAGAUUUCGUUUCAGUCUGCAAAUCUACCAUUGAAUGGCAAUGGGGUUCGUUCUGCGCAAAACCAGCAGCAGCCACUGUUUCCAAAGCAACCCAACUUACCUUUUGGAGUUCCACCGAUGGGGAUACCUACUAGCAAUCAGUUGGGGAGUGCUGUAAUCAGAAAUGGAGCUAUGGGUCUUUCGGAUCCUGUGAUGAAUAGUGCUUUGGUUUCAGCUGCCACUUUACACGGUGGGAUGGGACCAAUGGCUGGGUUGGGUGCACCUGGUGGGGUCACAGUUGCUGCAGUGUCACCAGCAGUUUCAUCAGAUGGGUUAGCCAAGAAUAAUGGUGAUAUGUCUUCAGUAUCACCUACUCCUUAUGCAUUUAAUGGAGUUAUGAGGGGAAGAAGAACUGGUGCCAUUGAGAAAGUGGUAGAACGCAGGCAGAGGCGCAUGAUCAAGAAUCGAGAGUCAGCUGCUAGAUCACGGGCUCGUAAGCAGGCUUAUACCAUGGAACUGGAAGCUGAAGUUUUGGAACUGAAACAGAAGAAUGAAGAACUGAAACGGAAACAGGAAGAGAUGUUGGAAAUGCAGAAGAAUCAGCAGGUUAUGGAGAUAGUGAAUAUGCAACCUGGAGCAAAACGAAACUGUCUGAAAAAGACACUUUCUGGCCCAUGGUGAAGGAGGUAUAUAGUGUUCAUUUAUGCAUGUGAUCGUCCGUUGGUGUUUGUAUAUAUGUAAUAGGAACGAUCGGCUCGGGCAUAUGUUUUUCUUUCUGUAAGUUAUGUAUCAAGUUUUUUAAUACUCCAUAGUUACUUGGAGAUACAUGAGGUAUAGGCUAUAGCAAGUACAAGACUACAAUGGAUAGGUAUGAAGUUGACAAAUCGAUAAACUACAAGUUUAAAUGCAUUAGGUACAAGCUGUUAUAGCAUCAUGAUGCUGUUUGGCCUUCUUGGAUAAAUAGAUUACAGGUGGUGUGAGCCAUUUUUUUUUUGGAUGAUCUAUUAGUUCUGUAAAUUGAUUUACUUACUGUUUUCGGAUGCUGAAAUUACUAUUACUAUGGAAUAUAUAAGUUUAGAAUAAUGUAAA